AUGGUGGAGAGUCAAUACUCACCGGUCAAUCUGUGGCCUCCACGGCUCCUACAAGGUACUGUUACCAUGCCUUGGGAUCUUGACAGAUACCACGGCAAGAAUGCAAAGCUGCCAGGAAUGAUCAUGUUCUGGGGAACAGAGACCAGACCAAACCCAUCUUUGCCUUCUCGCCUCUUUACAAUAUCUCUAGACAUCCUUGAACACCUCCUUGACCAAUUGACAAAGCGAGAUGCUUUCCAACUUUCGCAAACAUGCAAAACUUUCAUGCGGCAUCCUGUUGUCUUGAAAGCAAUAUUCCACGAGCCAAUCAGCAUUGCAGAGAUCGAAUCGUGGUAUCGAAGAUUGCCCAGUGGUGGAAUGAAUGCCAAAAUGAUGAUGGGUCCUCCGAUUACAUGGGGUAUCAAUGCAUCUACAGGCCCGCUGGUGCGCCGCCUGGCAGUACCAGAAUGGAUCUCUGAGCAGGACAUACACUACCUAACCGCUCACUGUCCUAACCUGCAUGCCCUCGACUUCACGGAGACCUUCGAAUCUGUAUCUCAUGCAGUGGGACAGGACGAGGACGAGGACGAGGACGAGGAAGAAGAAGACAUCGACUCUUGGCCUCCAGUGCUCGACCGCUGUCCUACCCUAUUCAGAAAUCUCAGAUCAGUUCAUCUCCCUUAUGGCUGCUGGAAGACGGUGUAUAGCCGUCCGGAUAGCUACCGGCAAACACAUUCAGCGUGCCUGCCUAAAUUGUUGCAUCUGGCUGAUCAUCUCCAGAGUCUAGAGCUUACCUGCCAACAAGAGCCGACACUAGAUCCAUCUCCAGAAACCCGCCGGAAUGCGUCAGCCAAGCUUGUUGCUGAGAUCUUGGAUAAUGUUAGCCGAGAACUUACCUCCCUUGCUUUAUACGAGUCCGAGUCCACCAUUGAGAACCUCGACAGCUUCUUGCGGUCGCUAGCGAUCUUCCCCAAAUUGCGAACCAUCAAGCUUUCCCUCCACCGCGAUCUUGACAUGUAUCAGAGGGAUUCGCAACCCAAGUAUGGCUUCGAUCUUAUCAUAGCUCCCAUUUUGUCCAGCCAAACCGAAGACUACAAGCACGACACAGCGUCCGUUCUACAAUAUCUUUCGACUGUCAGGAAGAUCAAUGAUCGAGGAAGAUUCUCGCUCGUGUCUAGUGACCGUGGAGAGACUUAUCAUUCGACGCUCAGUGAUUACUAUGGUCUUUGCCACACAGAGGUAGUGCAUGGACCCCGCGAUGACCUUUGGACUCCAGUCUGGACUUGGAACGACCGCUUGGAUUGGGUCGAAGGCCAUAAUCAUCCUUCAGUCGAAGUCGUGGAUAUCGGGAAAUGUCGUGCACUCUUCGAGGAACUCACCAAAGCACGGAUUCCCGUCUCCGUUGAGCUUGAGCCGCUUGGCGCUUCUUCUCUCUUUGCCGGUCCGUGGGAUGAAGGUGUUUCGCAUCAACGCUACGGUGGAAGUGAUGAUGUCGAAAAUGUGUUGGAUGGAUAUUUCCAACCUCUGCCAAGCAAUGGAGCGAUCGUUCCAGUAACUCGCGAUCUUGCACGACAUCCCAAACAGCAUUUCGUGCAGUGGAGAGUCUUGACUACGAUCCCGUCGAAGAACCCUUGGCGGUAUUACGGCAUGCCCACAAAAAUUGACGACCAAAAUUUCCGGACGGUCUCCGUCGAUCUUGCCGCAGCUGAAUACAAGCUCGGCUACGGUGACUACAAAGACAAGAAGCAAGCUGAGAACACAGCUAAAAGCGAUGCAGAACCCUAUAACAGACCAGCCGCCUCUAACACAACCCACGCCAAGACUGAAAUUCCUGAUCCUGUCUGGCGAUUGAACGAGAUCGGAGACCUGGUAGAUGACCUUCGCUUAAUUUGGCACCGAAAUUUUGCCUAUGUUUACACCAGAAUGUUCGCCGAGUCCUGCCACCCAAACCCUGACUGGGACGAAUGGUCUAUGCUCAUGCACAAGUGUAAAGUGCACUUGAGGGGCCGACUGUGGCGAGAGGCAGAAUACACCGCCCUUCUUCUCCGACGUAUCCCGGUCGACUUUCCACGCCUGACUCGACUUGCCCUUUACAUGCCCACAGCCCUCUACCCGGAUCACGAUCAGACCUUCAUCAAUCGUGCACUCCCUGGUACAGGUUGGACCGUCAAGCAUUACGGCCCAGUGGGUGAAGAUCCGCCGAUUCCGUGUCUGAACGAGGCUUGCUUGAAACUUGCGGACGAUAUCUGUCCGUUCACCCGCCGUAUAUUCACCAGACCAACACCGACCGCUGAUCCCUCCGCGGUCAUUGUCCAUGAUGACGAGUGGCAUCGGACCAUGCGGCCGCUGUUCGAUCUUGAUGGCGAGUAUAAGAGCAUGGACCAACUUCUCACAGAACCUCUCUGGGAAAAUUACACAAAGGGGGAGGACUAG